UUUCAUUGUAUUAUACAUUGAUAACAAGAAUUAUCUAUAAAUCCAAGAAUUUUAUUAUAAAUACACCUUCAAGUACUGAUAUCGCCAGUGAGUGAAGAUGAUUAAAGUAAUAUCGUUAGUUUUAGCUAUAGUGGCAUUUGCUGCUUACAUUGAGGCUGACCCUACUCAAUGUUACGAAUGUAAUAUUCUCGCUGGUGCUACUUGUACUAAACCCACAAUUCCAAGAAUUGACAUACAAAGCUGCGAUGAUAUCAAUCAACCAAAUAAUUCUACUUCGAAAACAGUAUGUUUCACAGUUUCAACUAGAUGGUUUGGUCAAGUUGUAACAGAAAGAGGUUGUUAUUAUCAAGAAAUAGCCGGUGAGGACGUUUGCUCAUUCUUCUACCGUACUGAAGUUAGUAAUGUACCACUCACUGAUGGUUUCACAUGCGACUUAUGUUACGAUGAUCUUUGCAAUAACAAAGAGGGUGUCGUAUCAGCAACAGCUAAUUAAUAUCUAUUAAAUAUUCAAAAAAAGUUAAAUGCUAGAAAAUGUAAUCAAAUAAAAUUUCUUAUUUUUUCAUUAUUCAUUUUACAUUUUUGUGGUAUAAUAAUUUUUCGUAAUCACCUAAAACCCAGAAACUCCAUUGAGGAUAAGAAAAUAAUAAUGGAAUACAGAACUUGGAAAAAGUUAUUGCGAAAAGACUGGUUAUAUCUGUGGAAUGGAAACUUUUCUAAAGAAGCGAACAACGUAAUCAAAUUACUUCAAUGAGAUAAAAUUAGUCUUUUAUUAUAACGUGUUAAGUACAUAAUUUUAUUAAAUGCUGUUUCAUACAGGAUGUAGCGAAUAUGGAGAAACUAUACUUAUAAAGCGAAUGUAUUUAAACUUAAUUAUAUGCUUCAUUAUACGAAUAAGAAAAAUAAAGAAUUUACAUUAUCUUUUUACAAGUAUAAAACAAA